AUGUUGCAAAAGUUUCAAGAUCUCAAGGAGAUUAUCUCAAGUCAAGAAGGUAUCAGGAUCAAACAAGAGAUAAAUGGGUCAGUCCCAUCUUCUUUUUGGAUAUAUAUGGUCACCACUGCACUCUAUCAUCAGAGCCAAACACCAUUGUCUGCCAAGACUUUACAAAUCAAUCCACUUGAUCCAAACUAUGAAAUGAUCAAGAGUGACCUUUUCAAAUCAAUGUCACCAAUGUAUCAUCCACUUGUCAUUGGUAGUACCGAAACUUCAAUUCAACCAAUUCACAUCCCAUCAAAUAUUAAAUCAAAGUUUAAUGUUGCACCAAACACAUUUGUCAAUUUAUAUGGCAAGCUUCCUCACCUAUUAUGUGAAAAAGGUCACCGAUUCAUCUACCAACCAGAACAUGUGAUCCAAUGUUGUAAAGUAGGCAGUACUCAUAGCCCCGUAUCUACAGAUUUUGUUCAGUUUGUAGAACUUGGCCUGUCUAGAUGGAGUGACUCCACCUCACGUCUCUACCUCGUGGAAAUGGACGAGACCCAAUGUAUUGUUUUCAUGUUGUUCUCAUUGCUCGGUUGUGUUGGGGGGUCCAGACGAGGACAUCAAUAUAAUAGUCAAGCACUUGCUAAUUCGUCAACUUAA